AUGGCCACCACAGACCUCAACACUGGCUUAUUAUCUUUGUACUCAGAUGUAGCAAGACCAAUUGAAUCUCUCUCGGGCAGUGAUCUCGCAGAGGAAGCCUUCAAUGAAGCUCUGAAGACCUUCAAUGACGUGAUGACUCGGGAUCCCUCGAAGAAAGCAUGGCUUCAGAGCUUACAAUGCUCGAGGAUAGAGGAUGUGCAGCUUGCAGCAUCCUCUGCGAGGAGCAGAUACGAGCGGGGUCGAGGCAAUAGUAAAGUUCGCAACUGCCUCGCAAGUUUCUCCCAGAAGGUUCUCCAUUACGGAAAAGUCCUCGACGUCUUUGUGCAGCACCAUCCUGAAUAUGUGUCUCUGGUAUGGGGAUCAAUGAGAAUUCUUUUCAUGGGUGUUGCAGAACAAGAGAACUUACUAGUCACAAUUACUGAGGGUCUCAAUCAAAUUUCCGAUUCCUUGCCACGUGCUGAGAUCUCGGCAAGACUCUACCCUAUUCCUCGUAUAAAGACAGCCCUCUCAAAGCUAUACGCAAUAGUCAUCAAGUUCCUGAUCCGUGCUGUCAACUGGUAUAGUGAGGGAAAGCUGGUGCACACUUAUCACGCGAUCACCAGGCCUGCAGCACUGAGAUAUGAUGGCUUAAUCAAACAGAUUCGCGAAAUCUCAGACGAGAUAUAUGAGAUAGCGACUUCAGGCAGUCAUGCUGCGCUACGAGACAUGCACCUUAAGGUCAGAUCUAUGGACAAGGAUCUCAAAGCCGUGCGCGCGAUUCUUUCCCAAUUUCAACAGCUUGUUGCGAACGGACAGGCUAUCAACAAGUCCACACGAUCCGAGAUCAAUCUUCUAAGCAGUGAGGUCAAGAAAAUUCUUGAGUGCGUUUCCCAAGCUCAACAAACCGCUGUAGAUGGUCGUCCGGACGAUACUGCCAUUACAGCUGAGUUGGGACUUUUGAGGGGUGAGGUUCGUUCCAUCAGCGAAGUUCUGUCUCAAGUUCAAAGCCUCGCGGUCAGCGAGCACAUGAUCAAUAACACCUUCCGAGCCACGACCGAGCAAUCUUUCUACAAGCUGAAGAUCUCGCAAGUUUUCGCUGUUCUUACAAACGGUCAAUCGCUCGAUCCACAGGGUACUUUGAUAACCUCUCGCUUGCUGCGGGACAGGCGCCGCCGAGGUCCAAAAUCAGCUAAUCAGCCAAUCUCACAUGACCAUACUCUGCAGCAAUGGAACGACCAACAACAAUCGGCGAUGGUGAUACUCCGCGGUGCACCGAGUACACGACUUGACAUCAAGGAUUUCUGUGUUGACGUUGUCGAGUAUCUGCGAAGAACCGAAAUAGCUGUGCUUUGGGCCUUGAAGGGCCUCGACUCCACGUCGGCCAGCAACAUGACCGAGAUUGACAUCUUGAAGAACCUUAUUCACCAAGCUCUCCAAAUCCGCAGCGCGAAGCAAAGCACCGGAGUCGAUACCUUGGUGGCACAGCAGCUGCCUAACUUCUUGAAUGCCAGCUCCAAGGAAGACUGGUUAACCAUGCUAAAAGGCGCGCUGAGCACCUUCGCAGCAGUUUAUAUUGUUGUCGACACCAAGGUCAUCUCUCCAUCAGAUCCGAAGUCGUCCACGGUCCCAGACAUGGCUGGUGAGCUAAUAAACACUUUCCUACGGCUCAGCGAACGCUUUUCUAGCAUGAAAUGCGAAGGCAAUGCAACGAGCAUCGUAAAAGUUGUGGUCGCGCAUUACGGCGCAGCCAUCCCAGUGCUUGAUCUUUCAAAGGCGACUUUGCCGCAUUUUGUCGUCCAGGUCGGCCGAAACAAUCACAGACAGACGCGAGCAACGAAGAGACCCCCAAGACCGCAGGAUGCUGCAUUUGUGAACUCCUCAUCAACGAGGACAGAGGGGCUGUUCUCCUCAGCGAGUAGCAGCGGCGGCAUACCACGGCGAUCAAAGAAGAAGAACCGGUCAUGA